UUGCACGACGUCACAAUGAAAAUUACGUCAUGACGAAGGUCAUGACGUACAUAUCUACAGUCCUUUUGUGGUUGGAAAUGUCAAAAUAUUGUUUUGUUAUUUACCACCGCUGUCAAACGGUAAACUGCAAUCGCGUAAAAGUUUCUGUCAAAUGGGUUAUAUUAAUUCUCUUUGAUAUUGAAAAAGUUUCAAUUUCUUCUUUAUCUAGCAUACAUGCUAAAGUAAUAUCCAUAUUAUAUUGUGAUAUUGAUAUCGCCCCUAAUCUACACGUAUAGUUACUUUCACAAUGGACUCAUUUACAUAAACAGGGUUUCCGUACAUAAAAAAAUCAUCAUUGGCACGACACCCCGAGGUUUUUAAGUGAAAGAUGUUUGAUUUAUGUGACAUGUGAACUCCAGUGCCAAAGGAAAGUUAGGGGAGCAAGUUCUGGCUUCAACAGAAAAUAUGUUUUUCAGGCUAGAUUCAACUUCGUAUGUGCAAAAAUCGCUUCAUCUAGCAUAUUCAAUGCAAAAAUUAGACAUGUUGCAAGCCACAAUAAACUUGCUCUCAGCACUUUUCAAAUUAAGAAAUUAAUAUGCUUUGAAGUUAUUUUAACUUCAACUUGCAUUGAUAUCUGGAUAUCGUGCCAAUUCUACGAUUUAUACAUACACGAUACGUUUUUAUCUUGAUAUUUGAUCACGUGAUAAAGAGUUGAUGUUGAGGCUGUCGGUCUGGUGAAAAAUGUAUAAGAGGUCAAUAUGCACUUAAUGAUAUAUACAUAUUGUUUUUGUAUAAAAGGGUUGUGUUUACAGAAUUUGUCAUAAAUUGAUCUGUUUAUUAAUGCUUUUUUCCUGAUAUAUUUCUAUGGCCCUACUUAACACAGCUGCGUUGGUAGAGCACUUACUGGAUCCAGCAAUGUAUCUUUGUUUGUAAGGGUUUUUAUGCAGUUUAGGAAUCCAGUAUAGGUACGGUAACUCAUAUUCAUUCGACACAUUGACUGGAAUAUUAAAUGUGUCUAAAACUGAAGCAUGGUUUUGAUCAAUGAAUUGCAUGCGAGUAACGUCACCUUAAAGAACCUUUGAUGAACACCAUUCAUAAUAACAGAAUUAGGUCUGCAAUCUGGUGUUGAAGAUUCUAUGUAUGGACUUUCUUAAAUUCCUAAAAUAACUUAUUGAAAACUUUCAAAAGAAAAGGGUAAAGUUUUGUGCGAAUAUGAUGUAGACCUAAUCGCUUGUUGACAUCAAAUGAAUCAAAUGAGAUCUAAUGUCUCGUAAAAUUAACACUCAAGCUGGGAAAUAUCGCCAAUUACAGUGUACCAUAACUUCCAGCUCCUGUGGUGUGUCCUUGGAUUUUAAGGUUACAACGAAAAGGUAUUCAUUACAAGUCAUUUUGUUUCUAAUGCAGAGAGAUUCUAUAUGAUUUGAAUUUUUAGGUCAGACACUGUGAAGAGUAGAGUUCACUACCCUCCGUUCAGGAAGUGAUCGAUCCAUCAACUGAUAUACUUUGGGGAUAGUACACUAGAGUACGGAUUUAUGAUCUUACCCCAGCGAAUAUUCUAUUUUCAUAUAGUAUAAAAGGAAAUAUUUGUAAAGAGUAUAGGGAAAUAUUGCUUUGAAAAUAUUUGAUAGUUUCUUUCGAUGAAAAUGUAUGUAGUGACGUUUUUAAAGAUAUGGUAUUUCUAUUCACUUUUGAAGGGAUUUUUCAGCCUUCCAACAAAUGAAACAGAGAGUGCGUAUUGUACUAAUGAUUUUAGAGGAAAGACGAAAUGCUGUUCGAAUUACAGAAACGUUUCAGGAAGUUGUGAACCAUGUAUAGGAUCAUUUGGAGUGGACUGUAAUACCACCUGCUUGGAGGGAUUUUAUGGAUUUGGAUGUAAAAAGAAAUGUGAUUGUUUGCCAACUGAAUCAUGCCACAAAGUUCAUGGUUGUCUAGACUGCAUAGGAUCGUAUGGAGAAAACUGCAGUCAGUCCUGUCCUUUUGGAUUCUUUGGCUAUAAAUGUAAAGAAAAGUGUAACUGUAGCGGUGAUACGCAUUGGUGUGACAAUAUUUCCGGUUGCAAGAUUAAAGAUAGCGAUGUGAAUAAUUGAACUCAGGAAAACAAAAUGAAACAUUUAGCUUUCGAGGUAGCGGGAUCAAUCAUCGGAACUUCAGCGUAUUGGGGUUUGAUGUAUUUAGUGUGCUGCUGGUAAGUAUACCUGAUUUAUCUACAAAUCUAAAUUUAAAGGGGUAAAUUGAUAAAUUUCCAAUGGAAGAAAGCAUACCCUCUUCAAAACGUAAAUAACAAGAUAAGACAAGGACAUUCUAUGGUGGGAUGAGGAAAGAUGAUUUCUCAUACACUUCACAAUGUAGGAUUCAUUAUUACAUAUGACUUUGACAUAAUUAUACUACAUUUAAAGAAAGAUAUUUGAUAGCGAAUUCGAAUUUCCUCGUUUUAGGGUUUAAAAAAUAAAAGUAUCCUGAAGGUAUAAUGUAAAGCGCAUGCUUAUGUCGCGUAACCGUCGUUAAUCUUCGUUACUCUGUUUAAUACACGGAUUAAUGAUAAUAAUGCCCUUUAUUUACACAGGAUAACACAAUGAGUUUAAAAAUUAGUUUACAUUAUGGACCUAAAACAUAUUCCUGUAUACACCCAACAGUAUUAUAUAGAUACAAUAUAGAUGGAUAGAUGAAGGCAUGUUAUAAUCAUACGCUAUAUAUAUACAUAAAA